UGAAUUAUAAUACCGUUUGAUUGACCUUUGCCAGUUUUUUUAACUUGUCGUUAAACGUUUUAAGUUGCAUUUGUGACUUAUUAAUUAUUAUAAGGAAGGCGACUGAAAACUAUAAGUUUUUCUUUUAAAUGUUAUACGUGUUUUCGAAUCAAACUUUGUAUUUGGAAAUAAUUUGUAUUUGCUUGAAGAACAGAGACUUUUUUGAAUUUUUUAAAGGAAUAUAUUUCAUGGUAGAGUCGUUCAUAUAUUUCAAAACUUGAAGUUAAUGCUACUCAAUGUAUCUUCAGUGUUUGCAUUUGUUGCACAUAAUAUCCAGCUGUACAUUUUCAAGCAAGAUUUAUAACUGUUUUUUUGUUUUGAUAAAUUAUUCAAGGCAAAUAAUUUUAAGUAUAUAGAUAUUAAAUAUACUUUCCUAAAGCUUUUGAUUUCAUUUUAUUCCUUCUUGCGAGAUAUUUGUUACUUGCACUUGCUUAUGUCGCGAUAAAUGUACAUUGGAUAAUUGUAGCUAAAAAAAGAAUUUGUAAUAUGAAUUAAAUUUUUAAAAAAUAACACUGGAUCAGAUAUUUAAAUUAUAUAAGUAUUUUAUUGACAGUAGAGGAAUUAAAGUCCAAAAUUUUAUAUACCGCAUUAUUAGAUGAAAAAUGUAUAUUGAAAAGAAAAGCAUUUUGAACUCAUCUGUUCUACCUAUACUGUGAAUAGAUUUUAUCUCUUGAAGGAGCUAUUAGUAGCAGGUGUGGCAGCAUCGUUAACCUUUAAGCUUUUGAGAAAUAUAGCUGAAAUAUAACCAUGACAGAAGUGGUUGAGGAAUUGUCCGUGGACGAAGUGGAUCAGUGUGCCUUCGAACUGAACUUCAGCCACUACGAAUUCCCCAAUCCUACAGCCCUAUCCGAGCCACUUAUGUGGAAAGAAUAUAUAAAAAUUGUAUUCUAUGCGAUAGUUUUGAUUGUGGCACUGGCCGGAAAUAUCAGCGUUAUAUUAACUGUGGUACUCAACAGGUCCAUGAGGACAACAAUCAAUCUUUAUUUAGUGAAUCUAGCGGUUGCAGAUUUGCUCAUCUGUCUCUGCUGCAUGUGGGUUCCUCUUGCAAACAGCAUCACAAAACCGAUGUAUUCUCUUGGAAUUUUCGUCUGCAAGCUGAAUCCUUUUGCACAAAUGACUUGCUUAACUUCGAGUGUGUUGACUUUAUCAGCCAUUUCGUGCGACCGAUUCAUUGCCAUCAUUUUCCCGCUGCACGUGCGUAUCACCAAACAGAGGACGAGCGUGGUUAUCAGCAUCAUCUGGCUAGUUUCAAUGGCGGUUUCCAUCCCUUUCCUCUUUAUCCAGAAGUACGAUGUUUUCCAGUGGAAGGACAUAGCUGAACCCUCCUGUCAUGAUGACUGGCCUAGGGAAGAACGUUGGGACACUACAUUAGGAAUAUGUAUCCGCAGCUAUCCCAUGAAGCAAUUAUAUUACACCUUUGUAACCAUCACCUUAUUUUUUCUGCCUGUAGCUAUCAUGAUCACAGCUUAUCUUCUCAUAAUAUGGAGACUGUGGAGAUCUCAAGCUCCAGGCGAGAGAAAUAUCGCCAAUAUGAAUGUGCAACACCGAGCUAAAAAGAAAGUGAUAAAAAUGGUUUGUGUAGUGCUAUGUGGCUUUGUCAUAUGUUGGUCACCCAUGCAAGUGACAGUUCUGUAUUCACAGUUUGGACACUCUGCAAGUCAAUAUGGAGAGGUAGGGCAAAUUAUUAUCUCUAAAGUUGUAAGACAUUUUU